AGGAAAGCCCAAAAUGAAUCGCCGACGGAAACAGAGUCCUAUAACUAACUCCGCCGUUGUCUUUAUCAUCAUCUCCGCCGUGAGUUUUUUCGCCGACGAAGUCUCUGCUUUGGGAGUAAACUGGGGAACAAUGGCGACUCAUCAGUUGCCGCCGAAGACGGUGGUGCAGAUGUUUAAAGACAACAACAUAAAGAAAGUGAAGCUGUUUGAUGCCGACACAGAUACGAUGGGAGCACUCGCUGGCUCCGGCAUCGAAGUGAUGGUGGCGAUCCCUAAUGAUCUGCUCGAGGCCAUGGGAAACUAUCAAAGAGCUAAAGAUUGGGUCCAAAGAAACGUCUCUAGAUUCAACUUCAACGAUGGCGUUAAGAUCAAAUAUGUUGCGGUAGGGAACGAGCCAUUUUUGUCAUCAUACAACGGAUCAUACAUAAACCUAACGUACCCAGCACUCUUCAACAUCCAAACCGCUUUAAACGACGCCGGAUACGGUGAUUUCAUCAAAGCCACCGUUCCUUUAAACGCCGACGUUUACAAUUCUCCCCCGGACAAUCAAGUCCCUUCCGCCGGAAGAUUCCGUUCCGACAUUCUCCAAGAAAUGACUCUCAUCGUUAACUUCCUCGCACAGAACAAAGCUCCUUUCACCGUCAACAUUUACCCUUUCUUAAGCCUCUACUUAACCAGCGACUUCCCUUUCGACUACGCCUUUUUUGACGGCCAAAACACCAUCAACGAUAACGGCGUUAUCUACACAAACGUCUUCGACGCUAAUUUCGACACGCUCUUAGCUUCAUUAAACGCGUUGAACCACGGAGACAUGGAAGUAAUCGUCGGAGAAGUUGGUUGGCCUACGGAUGGAGACAAGAACGCAAACGUUCCAAACGCGGAACGGUUCUAUUCCGGUUUGCUUCCUCGGUUAUCCAACAACGUUGGAACCCCAAUGCGUAAAAGUUACAUUGAGGUCUAUCUUUUCGGGUUUAUCGAUGAAGAUGCCAAAAGCGUUGCGCCGGGGAACUUCGAACGUCACUGGGGGAUAUUCAAAUUCGACGGACAAGCAAAGUUCCCGGUUGGGUUUGGUGAUGAGUGGCUUGGUGUUCCUUCUCAUGACACAAUGAGAUUACAUAUGUUCUCUCCUCCAUCUCACUCUAAUCCUUCGAAAAACAUCUCCGUGGCAACGGGUCCUGGAGAAACACAGUUCACUGUGAUUUCUGUUCCUUUGAGCUCUUUAGCAAGAACCUUGGCCAUGGCUUCUAUAGCUGCCUUUGAAGCCGUGUAUGAGCCAAAGCAUGGUUUUAAAUGU